GGGCCCGGCCGGGCGGGGCUCUCCGGCUCCCCGCGGGAGGGUCCUCCGCCCCGGGCCCUGUGAACCUCGGCCCCCGCGGGCAGGGCGCAGCCGGAGAGGAGAAGCCGGCCCCGGUGGUCCGUUCCCAGCCUCAGGAUGGAAAGCGCCGGGGCCCGUUGUUCCUCUGGAGGAAGCUGCGAACCUGACGUUGUCUGUGAAAAGCGCUUGUUUAAAGCCAAACUGCCCGAGCCCCUUGUUCAGCUGGCGUGCAGUCACCACCACUGUGCUUUCCCUGUGAAUGGCAAUGAGUUAUGCAUCUGGAACACAGCCACCGCUCAGUCAUUAUUUUUGUCAGGGCAUCAUUACUCGAUUUCUGCGUUGUCAUUCGGAAGUAACAUCAGUCCACCUCUUGUCUGCUCUGCCUCUCAUGAACGUGUGAUAGUGUGGAAUCUUGAUGAAUGUACACAGAAGGUGCAAGAAGGGUUUACACCUCAUGGAAUUGUUAUAAGAACUCUUUUGGGAAUGGUGCUUCAUGUAAGAUUUAGCCCAGAUGAUCAACAAGUGGCAGUAUGUGCUGGAAAUCGGAUCUACAUGUUAAGUGCAAAGAAUGAAGCUAUACUAGCUAAGUUGGAUGGCCACCUGGCUCCAGUGACUGCUGCUGAGUUUUGCACAUGGGAGAAAAGCAUGCUCAUAUCAGUGUCAGAAGACAGAACCUUUAAGGUGUGGGACUAUUCUACCGGCCAAUUAAUAUAUCAGUCGGGAAUAAUAACAGCAGCGUUUCCUUUGCUAAGUCUGCUAAUUGAUGAAGAAAACAAACAACUUGUCACUGGAUGUGCUGAGGGACAGCUUUGGAUCUUCAGUUUAAUCAGUGAUCAUAAUUAUCGUUGUGUAACACAUAUCAACUUAAAGAAAGAGCAAGAGAAAUUCUGUAAUAAAGUGUGGAAAUCUGGAAAAGAAAUAGGUGAAGGGCAAAAUGAUUCCAAGGUUUGCAAAACAGACAACACGAGACCAGAAGGAUCAGUGGAAACAUCAUUGCCUGUUCUCUUAAUUGAACAUUGUGACUUUUCAGUAUGUUUCCAUAAUGAAGAAAAGAUGUAUUCUGCCCUUAAUACUAGCUAUUUUUGGAUAGGAACCUCUACUGGCUUGUUAAUAAUUAAUUUGGCAAACUUUGAAUUAGAAGCUUUUUUGUCUUACAAAGAUUACAGUGACCUCAGCAUUCGGUUUGCCAGAUCAUGUGCACUGACAAAGAAGACAGUUAAUGGAAAGGUUUUGUGCUUGAUCACCUCCAUGUUUGAAGAUACGAUUGCUGUGUUGGAAGUUAACCUUGCUACAUUGGUGAGAACUCAGAACAAUGUUUUUCUCCCAUGUGGAAAUGAGAACAGUCUAUCAGUUAUUGCCAGGUGUUCUUUAUUGACAAAUUCUCCAUUGCUUAAAGGUUUAAAGAAAAACAGGAAAGAACCUUCUAGUAAAACAUUUGGAGUGAAAAGCACAGUGAAAGAUAAGCCAUUGGUUUUCCAUAAUAAAAUCAAAUCAUCAGGAUAUACAGCAGCACCACGAAGGACUAUGUUUUCUCCUAAUACUAACCUGAAUAAAAAAGAGGUAUCAAAGUGGAAGACCAGUUGUAAAUGUAAAAAUAAAGAAUAUCCAUUGGACGGGGAUCCUCCAAUCAAAUAUGAGAAACAGAUAUCUGUUACUUGUAAGCCAACUCCAAUUUUUUGUAUUCAGUAUUCUGGGGAUGGAGAGAUGCUGGCUUGUGGCCUGGCUGACAAAACUGUACUGAUAUUCAAUUCCAAUCUCACCGAUACAUAUAAUGUUUUUUCAGGUCAUGAUGGUGCAGUUAACUCUGUUGGCUGGAGUCAUAACAGGAAGUGGUUAGUUUCUGCGUCAGAAGACAGAACUUUAAGGGUCUGGUCAGUCUGCAAUAAGGAACCUGCCUUAAUUAUGGGUAAAGAAAACUUCGAUAAGACUGUACGCUUUGCGCAGUUUUAUUUUUUAGAUACAUUUAUAUUACUGUGUUGUGGAGCUGAAUUUCAUCUAUUAAAUUUCCAUCUAGACACAACCAAGGAUGACCUCAAACGAUACAAACAGAAGAGUGUUUGCAAACUGGUACAGAAAUUCCCCAUGGCUUCAACAGUGGAGAUUACCAGCCUUUCAGCAGUAAAUGAUUUUUACUCUUAUAUCGUACUUACAGCUGGCAGUAACCGAGCAUUGGAAGUUUUUGACCUCAAUGCAGGCUGCAGCACAGCAGUGAUACCAGAAGUUCAUACUAGAUCAGUCCAUCAGAUCUACCAAAAUAAGGGAUCAUCCUUCAGCACUCAGCAACCUGAAGCUUACAACCUUUUCAUGACCACAGCUGCAGGUGAUGGCAUCAAACUGUGGGAUUUAAGAACACUGAGGUGUGAACGUCGUUUUGAAGGGCACAGUAGCCGCUGCUAUCCAUGCGGAAUUGCAGUAUCUCCUUGUGGACGAUUUAUAGCCAGUGGAUCAGAUGACAAAUAUGCUUACAUAUAUGAAAUGCGUUCAAGCACUUUCUUACAUAAACUGGGGAGACACACAGAAUCUGUCAUCAAUGUCACCUUUAGUCCUUCAUCUCCACAGCUCACCACAGCCACCUUGGAUGGUAGACUCCAGUUGUUUCUACCCUGAUACUUGCCAACCUGUGGGGCUUUGGCCGUGGUACUCUGAGAAUAACAACUUGCUGAGAGAAAGAAGACUGCUAAUUGGCCAUAAGCAAGUUCCCUCUAAACUACAAUUUUCUUCUGUCUUCAUUUUCUGCAAGUUCCUCAAGCUGUUCCCAAAGUUUUUCUGUUGUACAAUCUGUUACCUUUAUUGCAAUAAUAAGUACAGAAGAUCAAGAAAAGAAGGAGUCUACUCAUUCUGAGUAGACCUCAGAAGUGGCUUUCAAAGGACUUACUAAAUGUUUAUAGUUAGUUGUAUUCUGUAGUGCUUUGCUAGUCUGAGACUACUUUAGACUGAAAAUGCAAGCAAAAUAACAAGUGUUACAUUUUUAAAGCUAGAUCUGUCUCUGACAAAAUUUUUAAAUUAAUUUAAAAGAAAGAAGGAUUGUAUAUCUUUCUGAAAUGCCAUGGGAGUCCUGUUAUACUUCUUUGGGGUUACUGGAGUCAGCAUAGCUGUUGUUUGAAAGCAGAGUUUUACUGGCUUACUAUUUACACUGCAUUCUGUAAAUUUAUUAGGGAAUAUGUGACAAAUAUCUUCUCUUUAGAAGAAACUAUUUCUGUCUUUUAAAUAAUUGUUAAAUAUUUUCAGAAAUGUUAAAGUAAUAUGAGAAUAAAAUAA